AUGUCGUCGUCGCGAUCCUCCAAGUCUUCCAGGCUGUCGGUAAGCUCAGAGCCUGGCGAUGGGUUUGUCACCGGCGCUGAGGCUGCCAAGACGCCCCCACCCGUGGCAGUGCCUGUGGCAGCGCCUGCGGCAGCGCCUGCGGCAGGAACGUCUGGAGACCGGGAAAAGCGAAAGCGAAAGCGCACCAGCGCAGCGCCCUCCAAACACCGCAAGGGACACCGAACCAAGACCCAAUGCUCAACUGACGAAGCAAAGCCCGCUGCAGCACCCACGCCACUGCCAGCACCUCUUCCGGAGACCUCAACGGCCUACACAUGCCAAACGUCCCGGCUGCAGGCAUCGCGCUCUGCGAAUGAACAGGCGGUGUCGACCCCGGACCUGGCCAAACUGAUCACCGAGGAUGAGCGGUCAGCAACUCCGUCAGCGCCACCGUUCAGAAUGCCGCCUGUAGACUUGGACGAACACGUGUCCGACGACACUGCGCCGUGGCCUCCGGCACCGUCCUCGCCAACGAUCAACGAGUCGCCGCUACCUUCCUUUACAGCAGGGCCACCAUCAGCGGAACCAACUGUGCACAUUCCAGCCGUAUCGAGCCCACCGAAGCGUCAGGUGCUCUAG